AUAUUAAUGAAAUGUCGUAACUGUGUGAGAUUCAAUUGAUCAUGAGGUGUAAAAUUUUGAAAAUGAUGGUUUUAAGAUUGUUGAGAGGAGAGAAACAGAACUACAGUUGGUACACACACUAUCAGCUGGUCCUGGCACGGUCUUCCCAGUGCCUUACCUAACCAAAACUCAAUUACGCAAUCAUGGCAUCUCUCCGGCAGUUAUUGCUUACUGGACCACUAGCCCGGUCAUUUGUGCGAUGGCAGAGUACUUCUGCAAGUGGUGCUGCAGUUAAAAAGAGUGGUGUUUGCUUUGACCUGUCAGAUGAACAGAGGGAGAUGCAGCAGUUGGCCAGGAAGUUUUCUAGAGAAGAAAUCAUUCCGCGAGCUGCUGAACUAGACCGCACUAUGGAAUACCCAUGGGAAAUAAUUAAAAAGGCUUGGGAAUUGGGUCUUAUGAAUGCUCACAUCCCAGUUGAGGCUGGUGGCAUGGGUUUAGGAACAUUUGAAGGCUGCAUUAUCGCAGAAGAAACAGCUUAUGGGUGCACGGGAGUACAGACAGCAAUGGAAGCCAACAAUCUUGCGGAGAUGCCAGUGAUCAUAGCAGGAAAUGAAGCUCAGAAGAAGAAGUACUUGGGACGCAUGACAGAGGAACCUCUCGUGUCUGCAUAUGGUGUGACAGAGCCUGGUGCAGGCUCAGAUGUGUCUGCUAUUCGCACUCGUGCUGAGAAAAAAGGUGACGACUAUGUUAUCAAUGGUCAGAAGAUGUGGAUCACCAAUGGUGGGGUUGCCAACUGGUACUUCCUGCUUGCUCGUACCAAUCCGGAUCCAAAAUGUCUUGCUUCAAAAGCCUUCACUGGUUUCAUUGUUGAUGGUGACUCGCCAGGCCUGACGAGGGGAAGAAAGGAAGUGAAUAUGGGUCAGCGCUGCUCCAACACUAGUGGCUUUACGCUGGAAGAUGUGGUUGUGCCGAAGGAAAAUGUUCUUUUAGAUGAAGGAGCAGGGUUCAAGAUUGCUAUGGGAGCAUUUGACCGCACACGUCCUCCUGUGGCUGCUGGAGCUGUGGGGUUGUCCCAACGUGCCCUAGAUGAGGCUACUAAAUAUGCUUUGGAGAGGAAUACAUUUGGAACUCAAAUUGUUAAUCAUCAGGCCAUAUCAUUCAUCUUGGCAGAGAUGGCUAUGGAUACAGAGUUAGGACGCCUGGCUUGGAUGAAAGCAGCUUGGGAAGUUGAUCAAGGCCGCCGCAACACUUACUACGCAUCCAUCGCUAAAGGUUUUGCAGGAGAUGCUGCAAACAAAGCAGCUUCUAAUGCUGUCCAGGUGUUUGGUGGCAAUGGAUUUAACACAGAAUAUCCAGUAGAGAAACUGAUGCGAGAUGCCAAGAUCUACCAGAUAUACGAGGGCACAGCUCAAAUUCAGCGCCUUAUUAUCGCUCGGGAAUAUCUCAGUCGAGCCAAGAUGGGGCUGAUGUAAAUGGUCCAACUCAAUUUACUUUACAGAUUGGAAUGACAAUCGAUUCUACUUCAAAACAACACCUAAUGCGUAGGAAUUAUAGUAAUCAAUUGACUCCUGCACCACAUUGAAUUAUCUUUCUUCUUAGAUGUACAUUGUACAUGGUAAAUGGCAAGUAGGUAGAUAUCUGGAUUUAGUAUAAAGUAUUUAGUACAAAAAUGUACUACCUCACUUGAAAAUAAUACCAUUUGUGUUCUCAACGAGUAAGCAUAUUUGCGAAGUACCCUGUAUACAGGUAAGACAGGUGCCUUUACAGUAAAUUAAUUACAAUCAUGUUAUUUGUAAUUAUUAAACUGUAAAUUUAUUUUAAUUAUUCAGUAAAACUUUCCUUAAAAUAAAGCCAAGUAAAUCUA